AGCAACAUGACUAAUCAAAAUAACCAGUUAAAUGAGGAGAAAAAACAACUGUUAGCACAAUUUUUGGAUGGAUGGAAGUGCAAUCAAUCCAGUUUAUACUACAUUUCCUCUGACACGAAGAACUGGGCUGAAAGUAGAGAAGACUGUUUGAACAGAGGAGCAGAUCUGAUCAUCAUAAACAACAGAGAGGAACAAGAGUCUUUUAAAACUGAUGCUGAAUUCUGGAUUGGUCUAAAUGACAGUGAUGUGGAGGGCACAUGGAAAUGGGUUGAUGGCAGCACACUGACCUCUGGGUUCUGGGCGUCUGGACAGCCCAACAUGGACAAAGAGGAAAACUGUGCUGUGCUGAAUCCAUUAGGGUGGUAUGGUUAUCCAUGUGAUAAUGUUUUUAAAUGGAUAUGUGAGAGAAAAAAAAAAAGCACCUUAAAAUAAAAUCUGUAAUGUGAUGGCUAAUAGAAAGCAGGUAAAAAAAAAAAAUAGUUACACUUGUAUUUGGAAAAAAAUAAUAGUUGUACUUUUUUGUAAGCUAUAAGUCCUACUGUAUUAAAUCAUCAUUAUUAAAUUAAGCAAAUUAAUUUGUGUUUCUGUUAUAUUUUAUUGUUGCAUGUGUGCAGCUUCUCGUCAUGUUAAUAUGUACUCAACAUAAAA